GAGGAGGAGGAGGAGGAGGAGGAGGAGGAGGAGGAGGAGGAGGAGGAGGAGGAGGUGGAGGAGGAGGAGGAGGAGAUUAAAAAAGGGGAAUAUGUCGUUGUGUGUUCCUCUGACUUCAACGUAGGGGGAGAUGGGGCCAUUGGAGGGGGGGUGGCCGGGGGUGUCCUGGCAGGGGGUGGGGUGGGGCUGGGAGGAGGGGGCGUGUUCCCUCCUAACCCCUGCUCUCUUAAUAACACAGACCCCAUCACCCCCUCCCCUUCUCUCCACCUCUCCCCCUCUCCCUCCACCCCGUCCACAAUGUUUCCUCCAGCCACUCAUCUCCCUCUCCCCUCCUCCUCCCCUCUGUCAGGAGGGGAGACGCGCCCCCCACUACACGGCCAGCCCUCUCUGCCCCCCCAGCCCCAAGAAGAACCUGUUUCCCAGCCUGACUCUACACAGCCCAAGAGUUCAGAUGAGGAGGAGCGAGGAGGCGGGCUGGGCGGUGACGGGGAGGACGGAGACGAGGAUGGAGGGGAGGAGAACGGCGCCAAGAAGAGGAAACGACGCAUUCUCUUCAGUAAGACACAAACGUUUGAACUCGAGCGACGUUUCCGCCAGCAACGUUACCUGUCAGCGCCGGAGCGGGAACACCUGGCCGCUUUAAUUAACCUCACGCCCACACAGGUGAAGAUCUGGUUCCAGAAUCACCGCUACAAGACCAAGAAACAGCGGGCGGACCGGGGCGUUGGCAUGGGCGUGGGCGGGGGUGGGCUGGACCUGGCGCCUUUACCCUCGCCCCGCCGUGUGCCCAUCAAGAUGCUAGUGAGUGACGGCAAACCAGUAUCACAGCAACACACUCAGUACCAACACACAGGGACGCACUAUUCCCCGCCUCUGUUUGACAUGGGCGGGUAUUUCCAGUCACACCAUGUCACCCCUCACGUUCGCAGCCUCUCGCAGUCCACCCCGACCACUCACACCUACUCCCCGAUCACGCAGAUGUCGUUUAACACCCCUACUUUCCAUCAGGACUUCGGUGUGGGUCAUAGCUUACCCGCGGCGCCACAGCCAGGCACUCCAAUGCACUACACUCAAGAGGAACACAAUCUGUCCACCUCGCCGCAGUUUCCAUCAGGGUUUACUUAUCAUUCUCAGACAUAAGCGGUGUGUCUAGGCGAUUUCCGCGUCGUUGUUUCUUCCUCCAUCUCGUCUCGUCUUCCAAGGCUCCAGUUGAGGUGCCGCGAGUUUUCAAGGGUGUUUUUAUGGUUCAAAUCGUUCUUGUUUGUGUUUUAAUGGUGUUUUUAUUGGUCAUAAUGUGUUUUAACAGUUUCCAAAAAGCUCUAGUUGAAGUGUUACGGGUUUUUCAAAGGGUGUUCUUACAGUUCCCGUGACUGAAACAAGCUUGCUACAUCAUUAACAAGCGAGAUACAUUCCUGAGAAUCCAUUUAAUCAUGUUUGUACUCUUUGAAAACAGUUAUGGUGAAGUUACACGAAAUUUUUAAGGGUUUUUAAAGGUUCAAAUGACAGAUAAACAACCUUUCUACAUUUCUAACGGGACAAACACUCUUGAGAACCUUGCCGAUCACCUCAGUGGCUUAGGAAAACAUUCGUGGCGAGAGAGCAGAGCGUUUCAGAACAUAGAGCCCAUUCACGCAGUCAUUAUCCAGCUUCCCUCGUCCAUAGUGGUUGGUGCGGCCCCUGGGAAGGCUCGAGGGAAACUAGUACGGUAGAAGGACGCCUCUGGGAGCUGUGGAAGCCUUGGAUUGCACAGAAAAUGGGAAGAGGUAGAGCAAAUAGCCGUUUUGGGUGAGUUACUCCAGUGUCCCUUUAAAUGUUUCCGUUUUCUUUCGUUCUCGUUGGUGCAAUGUAAACAAAUGAGGUUAGUGUGAGAGAGA